AUGAAGAGCCUGUUCCUGACCUUGCUUCUGGGGCUGGUGGCUUUCCUGAAAGCCCAGUUAGUUCCAUCAGAUGACCAGGAGGAUUACUCUGGGACCUGGUAUCCAAAGGCCACGAUAUACAAUGGCAGCCUACCCAGUCACAUGAUACCCUCGAAGGUUUUCCCUGUGAAGAUGACAGCCCUGGAAGGAGGAAACAUGGAGGUCAACUUUAUAUUAUGGAUAAACGGUCAGUGCCAUGACCUAAAAUUCAUGAUGAAGAAAACUGAUGAGCCUGGCAAAUUCACCACCUUUUACUGCAAGAAGCCCAUCUAUAUCACAGAGCUGCCCGUGAAGGACCACUGUAUAUUCUACUGGGAAGACGAUUACCACGGGAAGUCGUAUGGCGUGGGAAAGCUCAUGGGGAGAAACCCUGAGGAAAACCCAGAGGCCAUGGAAGAAUUUAAGAAAUUUGUACAGCGUAAGGGACUCAAAGAGGAAAACAUCCUUGUACCAGAGUUGAAUGGUUAG